CUGGGUAAAUAGCUAUAUAUUCAAAAUUUAUCGAAAUCUAUAGUACAGAUACAAUCUUCUAAACGUUAAAGUCAAUUAAGUUUACAAAAAAAUCGAAUAAUCAAAGGAAUUGACAAUCAAGCUUUAAUGCAACUUAAAAAUCAAAUACUGACUCUAUCUAGUAUUACAGUAUCUAUCUUAUUCCAUAAGUAAAAGUUGAAGAUCUCGUGUAUUACAAUUUUACUAACAAUAAAAUGAAAUGUCAUUAUGAAGUAUUGGAAGUUCCUCGGAGUGCAACCAAUGAUGAUAUUAAGAAAGCAUAUAGAAAACUGGCAUUAAAGUGGCACCCAGAUAAAAAUAUUGACAAUCCUGAAGAAGCUAAAGAACAAUUUCAGCUUGUACAACAAGCUUAUGAGGUGUUGAGUGAUUUGCACGAAAGAGCUUGGUAUGACAAUCAUAGAGAAGCAAUAUUAAAAGGAGGAACUGGAGAUAACUACAAAGAUGAUUCUAUUGAUUUAUUUCAAUAUUUCUCAUCAUCUUGUUUCAAAGGUUAUGGAGAUGAUCCUAAAGGAUUUUAUAGUGUGUAUUGCACAGUUUUUGAAAAAUUAGCUGCAGAAGAUGCAGAGUUCAGCAAAGAAGGUGAUUCUGAUGAAGAAGUACCUAACUUUGGAAACUCAAAUAGUACAUAUGAUGACUUCCAUAAGUUUUAUAGCUAUUGGCAAAGUUACAGUACUAAAAGGUCCUUUGCUUGGCUAGAACAAUACAAUAUAAGAGAUGCUCCAAAUCGAUAUGCUUUGCGACAAAUGGAAAAAGAGAAUAAAAAAAUAAGAGAUAAGGCUAAAAAGGAGCGAAAUGAGCAGGUAAGAAAUCUUGUAGCAUUUGUGCGUAAAAGAGAUAAAAGAGUACAAGCCCAUGCAAAAAUGCUUGAGGAAAAGGCCAAAGAAAAUAAAAAAAAAACUGAAGAUCGCAAGAGACAAAUGCUUCUAGAACGCCAAAAUGAGUUGAAAAAGCACAAAGAAUGUGAAUGGUCAAAGUUUUCCAAUAUUCAAUCAGAGUUAAAAGAUAUUGAAGCAACUUUAGCAGCAGAAUUUGGUGAAGAAUUAUCAGAUGACGACAGUAAAGAAUCAAAUUUUGAUGAAUCAAAUACCUUGUACUGUGUUGCAUGUACUAAGCUUUUUAAAACUCAUAAAGCAUUUAGUAACCAUGAAAAUUCAAAAAAGCAUAAAGAUAAUUUAGCUAUAAUGAAAGCAUCAAUGAUUCAAGAUGAUGACCAAUACUCAAGUAGUGCAGAAGAUAAUGAAGACGAUGAAAUGAAAGAUUUCGAAACAUCACUGCCAUCUGACACAAAAUUAGCUACUGGUCCAGAAAUGCCUGAUUUCAUAUUGGAUCCUAUCCAGCAUAAAGAUGACAAUGAAAAUGUAAGAACAUCUGAUGGAGAGAAAAUAUCUGAUUCAGAUUCAGAUGACCAAGAAAAAGGAUCAGACAACAAGAAAAGUUUUAUGACAGGAGAAUCUUCUAUAGGAGUAGGAUAUAUCCUUGGCAAAUCCGAUGACAAAAAUCAUGAAGAUGGCUAUGACAGUGACACUCCCAAUGAAGAACUGAUAUCAGAUCAAGAAGGUGAAGCUGUUCCUAAAUUAAAAAAACAGAAAAAAAAGAAAAAUAAAACGUUAAGAAUGUCAAUUCUUGAAGAUACAGAUGAUGAUGAUAAAGAGGUGGACAUGUUGAUGGGUCUGUCAAAGAAACAACGCAAGAGACAGCAGCAACAGAAGAUGUUAAUAGAAAAAUUUAAACAAUCAAAUACAGAUUCUGUAAAUAAUGAUAAAGAUAUUGAUAUAGCAACCAAUAGUUUAGAUGUAAAUCAGGGUAAAGCAGAAGAAAGUGAUGAUGAAUCACCUCAAGAAACUGUUUCUCCAUUGCCAGGAAAAAAGAAAGGCAAGAAAGCUAAAGAACUGAGAAAAGCUCAACGACAAGCAGCUGGAGAAGCACGAGAAACUGAUCGUUCUAAAAAAGCACCAAAAAGUGCAGAUGCUGAUCAAGACUUGGAACAUAUUUGUGCGUUAUGUAAACAAGAAUUUCCUAGUAAAAAUAAGUUAUUUGAACAUUUAAAAAAGACUGGACAUUCUGUGUAUUUACCCAGUUCAACAAAAGUCAAAAAAAGUGUUGAAAGGACUGGUAAAGGAAAGGGGAAAUCCAAUAAAAAUAGUGAUUAAAUGUGCUCAAAGAACUAUUUAUUGUUAAUUCUUCCAAUUAUGUAUUAUUAUAAAGAGUCUGCGACUUAUAGAUACUUAAGCAAUAAAUAUGUAUAGUAAUCUAUAUGUAGUUCUUUGAUAAUUCUUUUCUUUCAAACUAAUGUAAUUCUGCUGAUUUGAUUAAUUAUUUUAAUCAAGACAUAAUUUGUGAUAUUUGC